UCAUCUAUGCCCUCUCACACUCUUCAAUACUGUUGAUCUGGGGGUAGUUUUCCUUUAUUACAUGUUUACUUGCCAGGAUGUUACAUGAUGGCCCUUUAGGAAUUGUUCAUCAAUGUUAUUGAUAUGGGAUUUAGAGCAGUGUGCUGGACAUGCAGCCCUUUUUCAACAUCACUAAUGCAUUGCUUUGGUCAGAGCCUGCUUUGACUUAAGUAUGAUGCUUUAGGCAUCAGAAUAUAUGGAUUACAUUUACAAUGAAUUUUGCCUAGUGUUUUUUUAUUGUAAAUGGUACAAGUCCUUGAAUGUCCUUGCAUAUUUCAUGGCUUUAAACGGCAGAAAUACAUGUAAACCUAUCAAAUUCUCUUGAUAAUGGGGAUGGUGGAUUAAGAGACUUAAGUUGCACAUUUUAAAUACCAACACACAAACCGUACACCAGUUGUCAUUGGUCUAGUAUUAAGUGCUGCAAUAUCACAUUUUCUAUUACUUAUUUAAAUAUUAUCUGUUCCUGUUAUGUAUAAAAACACACUUGAUGUCAAAUCACAGGAAAAGCAUAAAGUUUGAGGUGUAAACACAGAUGAGAGUGAGAGCAAGAGUAACGGCAAUAGAUGGAGAGGAGGUCAAAGGGUGGGACUCAUGGGAGGGCUUCAUUUGUUUGGUGUGUGUGCAUGAAUCCUCGUGGUCUGACCAAAGCAAAAUUGAUUCUCUCCUCCAGUUCAUACAGAAACAAAAGCAGCUUAAGAUUGAAAGCCAGCGUUUUACUUUGAUAUUAACCAACAGUUGUUGACUGACAGGGUAGGAAAAAGAUAAACACAGAAGAGUUGGACUGACAAACAAGUUAUCAAAUGUCUGAAAGUGUGAAUAGCUCCUGGACGGGGUCUGUUGCUGUCCCGUCCUCUAUCCCUAAUGUCUUCCGCUCUCGUCUUACUGCAUCUACUGACCUCAGCAUAGCUAUCGUCCUCAUUAUCACAGGUGUGGUGUCAAUAGUUGGGAAUGGCCUUGUGUUGUUAGUGUACAGUCAGAGGAGAAGAAAGCUCAAAUCCCAUGAGCUGAUGACAGUCAAUCUAGCGGUGUGUGAUUUUGGCUACAGCCUGCUGGGAGCACCAUUUAUUAUCAUCUCAAGUCUGUCUCAUGCAUGGAUUUUUGGAGAAACAGGAUGCUUGUGGUAUGGGAUUCAGGGGUUUGUUUUUGGCAUUGGAUCCCUCAUCACCACCAGCCUUAUCUCCCUCGACCGCUGCUUUAAGAUCUGUAGCUUUCAGUAUGGUCAGUUGCUUGAGAAAAGACACGCUUCUCUGUCUAUUUCUCUGGUGUGGCUCUAUACGCUAUUCUGGGCUUUGCUUCCUGUGUUUGGCUUUGGUAGUUACAGCCCUGAACCAUUUGGGACCAGCUGCACCAUAAACUGGUGGAGGAUGAAGACUUCUCUGAACGAUAGAGUCUAUAUUUUUCUGAUCAUGAUACUCUGCUUUGGAGUUCCCACCCUGACUAUCAUCACCUCAUACAUUGCUAUCUUCAUAAAGGUGUAUUGGUCUGGUCGAAUAUUGGCCUCAAUGCCUUCAUCCAGUGUCACUCACAGUAUCAAAGAUAUUCGGCUGACAAAGAUAGCAGCAGUUGUGUGUUCCUCAUUUCUGAUUGCCUGGACUCCCUAUGCGAUAGUUUCUCUUUAUUCUGCGCUGACUGCCAAAGAGGGGAAUCCUGGGGAAGAUGGAGAAACAGCUCUCUCGGUCGGGUUCGGUCACGGCAGACAGAUCUCUGACAUCUUUGGUUUUCCCUUCCUCAUCAACUUGACCUCUUCAGAACGUUUCGAAGAUGCUUUUGGUUCCUGGAGAAAUAUGACUCCUGACAUAGAUCAUUCUCAUCAAUCUUCAUUAGGGCACAGCCCCAGAUCCACUGUGGGUUCUGGGCAUGGAGGAAUGGAUGUGAAUAGAUCUUAUUAUGUUUCCACCCUAAGCCCAGAGGUCACUCUGAUACCUACGAUUUUUGCAAAGUCACACUGCAUGAUAAACCCAUUUAUCUAUCAAAUCAUGAAUCGAGAUUUCAGAGAGGACGUCUACGAUCUUUUGUGCUGGAGAGGUAAAGAUGGAGAGAGGAGGAGAGCAAGGAGCUCAAGUGAUUCUGAUGGACAUCGUGGGAGCGUCAGUCUCUCUUAUAUUUACAGCUGGAGAAGACGAAGCACCCAUACGAGUCAGGUGUCCGGCGAGCGGGUGAAGAAAGAGUCUUCACGGAGGAGUAAAGGCAAGAGAGGCUCAUCUCAGGGCAAUGCCUCAGGUGGCUGGGCAUCUCUGGAUACUGCAACCUCAGACACACACUCCAACUUAGAAAGAGAGAGAGGGAGUCAGGUCGAGAGAGAGAAGCAAAAAGAGUUUGUUGAAAUGUAGGAGUAAUAACAGAUAACCCUGUUACCCAGGGUUUGGUAACAUGUUUGUUUUCAGGUGAAGAAAACAGUCUGGGAUGGCGGUGAAUAAAUGAAGAGAGAUUUUUCAUGUUUUGGGUAAACUUUUCCUUUAACCAAGUUGCAUUUGUGGAUUAGGGAGACACUUUAAUUCAAAGCAACCUACAAAAUUUAACAUUCACAAUUUUUUAGUAUAACUGUGUUAUGUUUGUGGAUAAACAUUUUUGUGAAGUAAACUGUGUUUUCCAAUAUGCAAUUUUAUAUUUACUUGAUGUUUGCCCUCUUUCUGAUAUUUAUCAGAAAUAUUUAUCUAUGUUUAUUAUUAGCACUAUUUAUUUAUGUAUUUAUUUAUUUAUCUAUCUGUCUCUCUCUGUUGUGUGCCC